GUCAAUGAGGGCCGCCGCGCAUGCGCGCGUCCCGGCAGGACGAUGCUAUCAGCAUAGAGAGCGGCACUAACACGGAACGGCCAGAUACACCAACAAACACGCCUAACGCACCCGGACGGAAAAGUUGGGGAAAGGGGAAAUGGAAGUCGAAGAAAUGCAAAUAUUCCUUCAAAUGUGUAAAUAGUCUCAAGGAAGAUCAUAGUCAACCCUUGUUUGGAGUUCAGUUUAAUUGGCACAGUAAGGAAGGCGAUCCGUUAGUCUUUGCAACUGUUGGCAGCAACAGAGUUACCUUGUACGAAUGUCACUCGCAAGGAGAAAUACGUCUAUUGCAGUCGUACGUGGAUGCUGACGCAGAUGAAAACUUUUACACUUGUGCGUGGACUUACGAUAGCAACACGAGCCAUCCUCUCUUAGCCGUGGCUGGAUCUAGGGGUAUAAUUAGGAUAAUUAAUCCCAUAACAAUGCAAUGCAUAAAGCACUAUGUUGGCCAUGGAAAUGCUAUUAACGAGCUGAAAUUCCAUCCAAGGGAUCCGAAUCUUCUCCUGUCUGUAAGCAAAGACCAUGCUUUGAGGCUGUGGAAUAUCCAAACAGAUACCCUGGUGGCAAUAUUUGGAGGCGUGGAAGGGCACCGAGAUGAGGUCCUAAGCGCAGAUUAUGAUCUUCUCGGGGAGAAAAUCAUGUCCUGCGGUAUGGACCAUUCUCUGAAACUCUGGAGGAUCAAUUCAAAAAGAAUGAUGAAUGCAAUUAAGGAUUCUUAUGACUACAAUCCAAAUAAAACCAACAGGCCUUUCAUAUCUCAGAAAAUACAUUUUCCCGACUUCUCUACCCGAGACAUACACAGGAAUUAUGUCGACUGCGUGCGGUGGUUGGGAGAUCUGAUUCUCUCCAAGUCUUGCGAAAACGCCAUCGUGUGCUGGAAACCCGGCAAAAUGGAAGACGACAUCGAUAAGAUCAAACCCAGCGAGUCCAACGUGACCAUCCUCGGGCGGUUCGACUACAGUCAGUGCGACAUCUGGUACAUGAGGUUUUCUAUGGAUUUCUGGCAGAAGAUGCUUGCCCUGGGCAACCAAGUCGGCAAGCUUUACGUCUGGGAUUUAGAAGUAGAAGAUCCUCAUAAAGCCAAAUGUACAACACUUACUCAUCCCAAAUGUUCGGCUGCCAUUCGACAAACCAGUUUUAGCAGGGAUAGCAGUAUCCUUAUAGCCGUUUGUGACGAUGCUAGCAUCUGGCGCUGGGAUAGACUGCGAUGAACGACUCCCUUCCAGUUAAAAGUAGAAAAACGUUGUCUGUGUACAAUAUACUCUCUUACCGUCUCUGGCUAGUACAGGAGCACCUAGGCCGUCGCUAGCAUUUAGAACCGUCGUCUCCUUCCAGCGUACAAUCAGCCUGAGCUGACCGUAGUGAUGUUUACAUUGUUUACAUUCUUUGUACCGUCUUCCCGCUCAGACUCUCUCUACUGCUUUUAAUAAAAAUUUAUUUUUGUAAAGCU